AUGGCGAAGAAAACGUAUAUCCCACCCCUGAUCGGGUGGUUGUACGACCUCGUCCUCUGGACGUUCUCUGUUCUGGUGGAUCUCUUCUUCCGGGAGGUGCACCCGCGUGGCUCGUGGAAGGUUCCCAGAAGAGGUCCGAUGAUCAUUGUAGCUGCACCUCACGCAAAUCAGUUUGUGGACUCGCUGAUUCUGAUGCGUGUGAUCCGCACCGAAGUCCGACGUCGCAUUUCAUGGCUUAUCGCGGAGAAAUCCUUCCACCGGAAAUUCAUUGGACUGUUGGCGAGGGGCAUAGGGGCGGUGCCUGUGGCGCGAGCAAUGGACAACAUGAAGCCUGGAGAGGGCACUAUUUACCUUCCCGACCCAGUCAACCAGCCCACACUUCUGCGCGGAAUCGGUACCAACUUUGAGAAAUUUGAGCCCGAUGGCACUAUAGCCUUGCCUACAAUUAAUGGCACUUCACAUAGCACCACCAUCGCCGAGAUUCGCGGCCCCGAGGAGCUCAUUCUCAAGAAGCCUUUCAAGGCUAGAGAUGCCCUCUAUCAGCUAACAGGGAGGACGGAUAUCACAGAUGACGGCAAGUUCACCGGCGAUGUCUCCGAUCAGGAUCUCAGUGGUUUCAACGGCUCCAAGUUCAAAUACGCCCCCCAUGUGGAUCAAUCCGCAGUGUAUAAGGCGGUUUUCGGGAGACUCAGCACCGGUGGUUGUAUCGGUAUCUUUCCCGAGGGUGGCAGUCAUGACCGCCCGGAAUUGCUUCCUCUGAAAGGUAUGGCAUUGCCCUUGAUCUCGUCUAUCUGCUCUUCCUUGGCUGACUUUCGAAACCCUGCAGCUGGCGUGGCGAUUAUGGCUCUUGGUUCAUUGGCGGAGAAUCCGAAUUCCGGCUUAAAGAUUGUGCCCUGUGGGAUGAACUACUUCCAUGCUCACAAAUUCCGAUCCAGGGCAGUCGUCGAGUUUGGGAACCCCAUUGAAGUCCCAAUGGAGCUGGUAGAGCAGUAUAAGCGUGGUGAGAGACGGGAGGCAGUCGGAGCAUUACUGGACACCAUCUAUCAUGCCCUUCUGGCUGUUACCGUGAAUGCGCCUGACUACGAAACUCUCAUGGUCAUUCAAGCAGCACGCCGUUUGUACAACACGAAGGGAAAGAAGCUCCCACUUCCGAUGGUUGUCGAGCUCAACCGGCGCCUGGUGCAGGGAUAUACACACUUCAAGGACGAUCCGAGAAUUGUCAAACUCAAGAGUUCGGUGGCAGACUACAACAAGCAACUUCGGUUGCUUGGCAUCCGCGAUCACCAAGUUGAGUACGCCAGAUUUUCGAUCUUACAGGUUGUGUGUACUCUGAUAUAUCGCCUGUCUAAACUCACUGUCAUGGCCAUCGGAACGUUGCCGGGUCUCCUUCUCUUUGCACCGGUUUUUGUUGCCACCAAGGUGAUUUCGAAGAAGAAGUCUCAGGAGGCCUUGGCUGCCUCCACGGUCAAGUUGCAAGGCCGCGACGUCAUGGCGACAUGGAAACUACUUGUCGCUCUGGCGUUCGCACCGGCCCUCUACACGUUUUAUAUAAUCAUGUUCACAUAUUGGACGUAUUUCAACCGCAUCCAAGGAUAUGUCCCUGAGUGGGUACCGUUAUGGAUGGUCGUCUUGCUGGGUGUCGUCCUAUUCCCUUCCAUCACCUUUGCAGCUCUGCGAAUUGGCGAAAUUGGCAUGGAUAUUCUCAAGUCUCUCAGGCCUCUCAUUCUAUCGCUCAACCCUUCUUCGGCCAACACCCUCGUGAAAUUACGAGAGCGCCGUGAAAAACUCUCCCAUGAAGUCACCGAAGUCAUCAACACCCUUGGUCCCGAGCUGUUCCCCGACUUUGAUUCGACUCGUAUUGUUGCAGAUCCUUUCCGUGAGUCGAACCAUGGAGAGGGCGACAAGGUCAACGGCGAGACGAGACAGAUCAGCACAAGUCAUGGUCACGGCGACUUCAAAACCAAGGAACCUCUUCCCCCGAACGAACACACCCAUGAUUGGGCAAAUCUUGGCUUCUUCUCUACGCGGCCGUCGAGUCGGAGCCGGAGCCAUAGCCGAAGCAACUCGAGCGGCGGCCUCCCUGGCUCCGCUGGACUUCCAUUGAAGGCCUUCAGCCAGAUAAAUUCCAAGGAUAGUUUUGAAGAAGUCAGCAAAAGGAUCCGUGGCGCGAUGAGAGAGCGUGGCCAGGAACGACGAAGACGCGGCGAGGACGUGAACUGGGAGCUAGCGAGUACCGGCUCUAUAACUCCUCCGAGCGAGGAAGGAAAGAAGGAUCAGUAG